AUUGUCGAUGUAACCUCGAAUACGAGAUCGUUAUAGCUUGGCAAAAUGCUAUUGUACUUAUUGAAUGGCGAUGGAUAUAAAGUCGCGUUUUUCACCCCCAUAACACCGCACCUCGAGUUUGAGGCACACAUCUUUUCGUGUGUAAACCCGCCGACGACAAUAUGCGUGUAGGACACUCCCUACUACCGUUGCUGUUCGCCGCUUCCGGCGGCGCGCAGAGCGCUGAAUUCAUCUCACGCCGUGACCUCAAUGGCACUUCGAAGAUCGGCGAAAGUGCUACUCCGAGGCGGUUCAUCGUCGAAUUGAAGUCGCGUGCGCAUAGAGCCCACAUCUCGGCUAAGGUUACGGGACUCCCCGGGCUCCGCGUCGUGAAGGAGUUCGAUUCGGAUCUCUUCCCGGGCCUAAGCAUCGAGUGCGAGAGCCACUGCAGCGCCGAGUCGCUCACAGGCGCUCUUGACGCAGAUGAGGAUGGCUCUGUCGUAGCAUCGGUUUACAGAUCAACCAUCGUGCGUCUCUUGCCACAGGCGAUCGAAGGCGAGUCGUUCAGCAACGAUGCGGCCGCUGCCAAUUACUCUGUACAUGGCUCGACAGGUGUCGAGAAGCUACAUCAAGCCGGAAUCAUUGGCGAGGGUGCGAUAAUUGCCCUAGUUGAUAGCGGCGUCCAAUAUACCCAUCCUGCGCUCGGUGGAGGUAUUGGCCCCAACUAUACAGUAAUUGGCGGUUAUGACCUUGUCGGCAGCGCAUGGCCUGAUGCACCAGCCGAACCCGACAACGAUCCGAUGGACCAAUAUGGUCAUGGCACGCACGUCGCAGGAAUCAUCGCGGGGAAGAGUGACCAAUUUGUUGGUGUUGCUCCAGGUGCCAAAUUGCUCUCCUUCAAGGUAUUCGGAAGCAGUGGCUAUUCAAACGAAGAGACAGUUAUCGAAGGGUUUCUCAAAGCCUUCGACUCGGGGGCUGAUAUCAUUAGCGCAAGUCUCGGAGAGAAUAGCGGCUUCACCUCUAACGCUUGGGCCGUACUGGCUUCGAGGAUGGUCGAGCAAGGCGUAGUUAUUUCUAUUGCUACAGGAAAUGACGGCGAAAAUGGCCCAUUUGAUGCCAGCAAUGGCGCGUCGGGAAAAAACGUCCUUACCGUAGGAGCUGCUGAACCCGGGGCAUUCCCCGCCCAGGCUUUUUCGGCGGACUUUAAAGCGGACGGCCAGUCAAACGAGACCCAAAUUGCUUACAUACCCUCGUCCGACUUUUUCCCUAAUACCAUCCUCGGCUGGCCUAUCAAACCGGUGUCGCUUAACUCGUCCGUAGAGAACGAUGCUUGUAGCCCACUGCCGGCUAACACCACCAGCUUCAAUGGAACUAUCGUCCUAGCCAGAGUUGGAGGGUGCGACAUUUCCGUCAAGCAUACCAACAUUGCAGCCUUCGGUGCACAAUACAUCUUAUUCUAUAAUGAUGACAGACCCUCCCAAACGUUAUAUACCAACAAUACCACCGGCCUCAUAGCAGCCAUAGAGGCCCGCUCGGGUCAGGCAAUCGUCGAAGCAGUCGCCGCAGGUGUCGAGGUUACGGCGUCGUUUGACGUCGAUACCGCCCACUACGUCGGCCUUUACAAUUCAGGUGGUGGCCGUCCAGCGCGAUACACGUCCUGGGGAGGAACAUACGAUCUUGCGCUCAAGCCAGAUGUUGUCGCCCCGGGUACCAAGAUCCUUUCUACUUAUCCAACCGAUAAGUACCAAGUACUAAGCGGCUCAAGCAUGGCCACUCCAUACAUUGCUGGCGUAGCCGCGCUGUGGGUAGGCAAAUUUGGUGGACGAGCUGCUCAUGCAGAUGAUCCUACAUGGGCCAAGCGACUUACCGCCAGAAUCAUGGGCACCGCACGCGCUGUGCCCUGGGCCGACUGGUCUACAAGUACUACCGACUACGGGUUCUGGGCGCCUACUGCACAAGUCGGCGCUGGGUUUGUUGACGCCGAGCGCGUGUUGGGAUAUUCUACAGAGCUCGGGUUCGAGGGCCGCAAAUUCGAGCUUAACGAUACAGCUUACUUUGCCGGUACGCACUCGGUCGACAUCACCAACUACGGGGACAAGCCUAUCACGUACACUUUCUCGCUACAGGAUGCCGGCGGUUACGAUUCGUGGAACACGAUUGUACCGGGCCACCCACAGUCGUUUAUUCCUGGGAUGAAACUCUACCCGGAGGUAAACCCAGUAAAGAUGACCCCUAAGGUUUCGUUCCCUGAGGGGGACUUCACUGUUGCUCCUGGCGAGAAGAAAACAGCCGAGUUUAUUUUCACUGCCCCGGAAGGACUCAACGCUAGCAGCCUACCCGUUUACAGCGGCAAGGUCUUAAUAAGCGGCGAUAAUGGCGAGCAACUUGGCGUUCCUUACUUUGGUGUUGCUUGCGACCUCAACCAAACCAUUACCAAUAUUUGGGACUACGGUAGUAACUUCCCCUUGCUGACAUCUGGGGUCACAGAAAAUAGAAUCCAACAGAAGUCCAACUUUACCUUCAACCUAUCCCGUGAUGCGCAAGACUUCCCUAAGCUUAAUACUCAGUUCGCCUGGGGUACGGAAGAGUUACGUUGGGAUAUCUUCGACGAAGAUUAUACCGAAUCCGACUGGACGUACCCACCUCAAAUCGGCAAGAAUAAGUAUGUCGGAUCGGCCACAAGUUGGAACGGCACGGGGAACUCUCAGUGGUUCACGCCAGGCCAAGACAGCGAGGAUGAUAUCUUUUCUUUCCCGCUAUACGAUCAGCCGCGCAGCAAACGGGGAAUAUACUACUGGCUGGGGCGAUUUGCCAACGGGUCGAGUAUUCAGGCUGGAUCUUACACAUUCCGCAUCGCUACCCUGAGACCAUUUGGUGAUCCUCAAGUAUCGUAUGAUUGGGAUAUUUGGCAGACGCCAAAGGUCACAGUCCUACCACUAGCGAAGACAAAUACAUCGACUUCAAGAUAGCCCAUUUCUUAUAUAGUUUACGCGAGGAAUAUCUGAGAGGAGUCCGAUAUCGACAAAAUAAGAUAACGAUGUCAAAAAUAAUGAAUUGCAUUAGGAGAGGUAGCUGUGGACUUGAUGGACUUGAUUAAAAUUCUCAUGCAAACGUAUAACCACCUAACUAAGAUUAAAACAUGGGUUUAGGCCUCAUGUUAAUUACACAUGUUGGGUGGGAGAGUUGUAUAGAAAAAUAUAAAAAAGGAAGAGAAAAACAGAACAGCGUUCAUUGAAUCUCUCGAUCGGGGAAUUGAACCCCGGCCACCUGCGAAUUUAAUGACAAGCAGGUAUCCUAACCACUAGACGAAUCGAGACGAGAUGAGAGUCGCCUGCGGUAGAAUGAUUUAUACGAUAAGAAUGUAUUAUUUGUGGGUCCAUUGUAUACAACGCUAAGCUAUUCUGAGUGCUUUACUGCUCGUGCGAUACGGCAGCAAUUGA